AUGGACCAAUACAUCUGCUCAAACCCUCCCAGCGAGCUCUACCGCAUCCAGUACUCACAAAGCCAUACUACCUUCUCCACAGAAACAGGCUUUAAAGCCAAGGAUACCACUACGACCUUUGGCUUUACUGAUGAGACAAAAUUUACGCAGGCCAUCGAGAAACAUUUCACAUGGGGCAAUCGGGAUGCUUCUCCGUUCAUUUCUCUCUUUUCUAACCGUGAGCACGCUGAGAAUUGGGGAUGCAAGGAGCCUUGGAACCACCGUGGUGGAAAAGGUGACUGGGCACUUUGUACCAUUUCCACAGACAAGUUGGAGGGCAUGAAAUUGUUCAAGCUUAGCGACCUGGUGGAAAAGCUACAAGUCGAGAUCCCCGAGCGUGCAUCGCAGCAUAUUCACGGGGCCUACAUCUGUCUCUAUGGUAUUCCUGCAUCAGCGAUUAUCGACAAGACUUCUGGUACAGAUGUCGCGUCUGAUCGUGACAGCCGACGAGAGAGUGCAAUCGAUAUGUGGGAUUAUCUUGGAGAGUGUGGUGAUAAUGAUAGCCAUCGGGAGAUGAUGCAGGAAAAUUACAAUACUAUCAUUGAGAAGAACAUAGAGGGCGGUUGGUAG